AUGUCGCUCACUCCUGCCAUUUCGUACCUCCGCGAAGGAUGCAAUUUUAUGCCGCUCCGAAUACUAAUCUUGACAUUUAAGGCGAUUAUUCUCACUACGAAGUCGUCGGAUCUCGAACACGUAAUGCCAUCCGAGGAGCACACCCAACCACACGAUGUGGAACCAAGUGGUGAGGGACUUUCUUCGACACCCACGGCGUCUGUUUGCGCAAAUUACACUGCUGCUCGCUAUGAAUCUUCCGUUAAAGGCAUUUUCUAUCAAAAGCGGAUCUACGUAUCCUCCCCAUGCUCAUCACACCAAUCCAACUCAUUUUCUCAAUUGCGAACUCUUUGGAGCAGUUUAACGCGCUGCCUGCUGGAAUGUCAUGUCCUGACAGCCCCGAUGGAGCCCUUUUUUCUCGCGCUUCAUAGCGGGGCAUCCAUCGGUUGUGCGGAUACGAGAGACUUUGAGCGGCUUCUUGCACACCUGAUAUUUUCUGACGGCCUCGGUGGCAACCUACCUCCGUUGGCAAACUUCGGCUUGGCGGAGUGGGCGGUGAUUCUCAACGCCUGCGCGUCCUCAACGUGGAACCGAGCCGGAUACAUCCAGGCUCUUCGCGACCCUUUGCUUGAUUUUGUGGUGCGGUCUACCAAUGAGCCGUUUUUCAUGCUCCGCGGUUUAUCCGAUCAUGACCUUCUUCUCGAAACUCCGCCGAGGCCUGAAGUCGAGGCGCGCAAUUUGCAAGACUUUUUUAAGAAAAAUCAGCAGUUGUGCAUCGAAUUGUGCCAUUUUCUGGAGUCUGUCAACAUUCUGUAUGCUGAGGGAGAUGAGUUUUGGGACGCGCUUCGCGGCUUGAUUGAUGCGUGGAUUGACGAACUGCAAGUCAGGAAAACAAACAGGGAUUUCCCGGGAUCAUCGUCCGGGGUAUUUUCUUUCAGUGAUAGUGAAAUUCAGUUUUGGAUACAGGAAUGGACAAAAAGCUUUAAUUGGUCAGUCAAGAUGGCUGGCUACCCUGGCCGGGUUAUCGCCCCAGAGGACGAUGAGGAGAUAGAUGGUGCUUGUAUCGCUGAAAUUGGAAAGAGUAAUUAA